AUGGUAUCAGCAGGUUCCAUUCUUCUUUCACUCAUAGUCACAUCGACUUAUGCUUGGAACAUUCCAAACUUUACAAAUCUUGUUGUUUUUGGGGAUAGCUGGUCAGAUGCUGGUCGGCUUAACUACAUCAUCGCCCAUAAUGGAAGUUUGCCCCCAGUGGGAUGGACCAACAACGAGAGCUCUGUUGCCGCAGAUGGCGGACGUCCCUGGCCAUCGUAUGUGGGGCAGUAUACCGGCGCGACGGUACACAAUUAUGCCGUUGCUGGAGCUGUGUGCGCCAACAGCCUCACGCCGCGAACCUGUGAGCCAACACAGCAGCUUUUUCCGGAUGUUGCCACUUAUGAAAUCCCCGCAUUUCUGGCCGAUGACAAUUAUGUGCUCUCCAAUGGAACUAAGUUCAUGACAAUCCCAACCGAAUCAACUGUCUUCGCUAUAAUGAUUGGUGGCAAUGAUGUUGGCGCCUAUGGCUAUUUGACCGAUUCACAGGUCGCAGGUACCACUAUUCCAAACUACGUGGACUGUGUCUUUGAACAGAUCGAUCGCUUGUACCAACAUGGCGCUCGCCACUUCAUUCUCAACACGCUUGGCCCAUUGUACCUCAGUCCACAGUACGGCAUGCCAGGUGCGGGAGGCCUCAGAGCAACUCAAUAUUGGCCAGACAAAUACAGCAACAUUACAGCUUCCUCCCAGCGAAUUUUGGAGCAGGUGUCGCUUGUCAACGCGAUAUACAAAGUCAGAACGCCACUAGAUGUGGAGUACCGACGGAGAUACCCCGAAGCCCAAUUUGCCCUCGUGGACCUCGAAGCGCUGGUGGGUUCGAACAACGGCUCAUGGGAACCUUCGAAUGUUCUAGUGCUGACAUUAUUCUACCAGAUGAACGAUAUAUAUCACCACCCCCAGGAGUAUCUCAAUGGCACAGCACCCUUAGACGUAACGGGAUACAUCAACCACUGUGCUCUAAAUGGCACAGAUUGUGCUCGGACCGACAACAAUCCAGAUGCAUUUAUGUGGUACGAUGAGCUACACCCUUCCGAACAAACAUGGCGCAUGAUUGCAAAAAGCUUUGUUCAAGUUAUCAAGGGCCACAGCAAGUGGACUCGGUACUACUCUGGGUAA